UGCCGAUCCUAUCGCUUGUCGCAUCGUGGAAGCAUAUCUACGCGUCCAACUGGGAAACAUUGCUUUGGAUAGUGCACGCAAUAACGAAGCUGUUGACCACUUCGCCGCUGCCGUCAACGCUAGUGCUUUCUUUUAUAAAUUGGAAAUCCAUUCCAUGUAUGAGGAAUUUGUCAUGCUGUUCGGCUGGGAUCUAAAGUCCUUGUGGCAGAUCGCGAACCAGCAACACUGGCAUGCACUCUUUCGGGCAGGUAGAAUUGGAGCAGCCAUCGAAUCGUACCAAUCCAUCAUGGACAAGAGUGAUGAUAAUAUGAAAACCAGCUUAAGUGUUUGGUUUAAUGCUCUUCAGUAAGAAUGUCGUGCACUAGUUGCUGCGCUCGCUGCGAGCCCUUACUCAUCCUGUUCGAAUCACCAGAGAUCUUUGAACAGUUUUCAUGUGUACCUUAACAGUAUCUGGAUUCUGUAUUAUACAAACUUCCCUUUGUACUCGCAUCAUAGUAGCGGGUGACUUACAGCUCUUUGCAUAAA